AUGCUGGAGAAGGAGGUGUCAGACACACCCCUUUGGGCAGACCGAUUUCUCGCUUUCGCAAAGUCUCAUGGGAUGAACCCCGAGCAUCUUCCGCGUGAAGUGAGCCUGGCCCCUCCGCUUCUUAAUAUCAUCCAAUCACUCCGCACUGUGCUUGACUCUGUCCCAGAAGGUGACCGGGCUGAGCUUCCUUCAGCAUUCGUGGCAUGUGCACACCACCACCGAGUCCUGCAGAUCAGUCCCAGCCAAGCCGAGUGGACACGUCGGCUUGGAAAUAUCUACCAGUUCAUGACCCAGUGUUACCCAGGCGACUUUGAUUCUCAGCACGGUCCACGAGCAUCGCCUUACUGGCUCGAUCGAUAUACGCAGGAACGCUAUCUCAACUACAUACGCACCGAGGCCUCCGUAAUGUCAAUGCAACGACCCACAUCCAGCGCCUUAUCAUUUCUUCUCGGCCCGAGUUCCAGUCGAUACCGAGAUCCCCUGGGCGAGUGGCACGAUAACAUCCCCUCCAUCUGCCACGGCGCAGGAAUCUCCCCCGAGCACAUCCACCAAAUCGCCCAAUUCCACGCCCACCUGCUCUCCGACGUCGUGACCGUAACAUGGGAGCGAUACAGCUGCUUCAUGCGCCAACACGCUGAAGGAAUCAGAACCAGUACCGACUGUGCCGUUGAAUUCGAAGCCUGGUUCCAUCGCCGGGACCCAGUCCUCGCUGCUCUCCACCGUGACGAUCUAUCCCAUGACCGCCUCUACCCCGAGUCCGUCUAUCGCUAUCUUCACCCUCGCGCAGUCGCGCAGACACCACCACUCAUCCGGAUCGCCUUGUCAGAAUUCAUCGAGCUGAUCGAAACGCAGCCCGUCGCGAUGAGGCCGACCACGAACGCGGAAAUGGACUCACUUCUACGUGGUUUUCUUCGCGAGCGCACCGUUGUUUCGAUAGAAGCGGUGAUCGGCGAGCGGAGGGGCGGGUGGUUGAAGCCGUAUGGUGUCUUGUAUGCAUUGUGGAAGAUCUAUACUUUGCCGUUGGAGGAGGCUAUUGUUGUCGCCAAGGAUCUUGUGCGCUGUUCCCAGGAGCAGUCGUAUCGCUCGGAACAGGAUUGGUUGGGUGAGGUUGCGAAGAGCUAUCCGUAUCAGGCUUGGGAUUCGUCUACGACGGAAACUCCUGAGUGGAAAGCGGUUGCGAUGCUGUAG